CUUCUCUCAUUCGACGGUAAGGUUGUUUUAGACAUUGGAUGUGGCACAGGAAUACUCUCCAUGUUCGCUGCCAAGGCUGGGGCCAAACAUGUGAUAGGAAUCGACCAAUCAGAGAUUAUUUAUCAAGCUAUGGAUAUUGUUAGGUAAAACUUUAGAUUACUCCUCGAAUUCUAUCAGUUUUGCCUCAAUUUUAUUGAAGCUGAACCGGAAAGAGCCGUAACAAGAACGACAGCGACCAUAGAGAGCUUUAGAGGACGUGAACGUUUGCGUGUUCUGAAAAAAGACCCCUAGAAAGCUUCAUUUUACUUUCUUUUUUUUUUUCACCAAAAAAGUUAGUACAGUUAUUUAUACUGAAGGAGGUUAAGCCCUCUCUCGAUGGCAAAAUGAUAAAUAAAAACCUCUUACAUUUGAUAACUUGUUCCCGCCAACCCGUUGUAGAGUGACAACGGCUUACACGGCUACCACGUUCUCCCGCCAAAAUGACGCUGGUUCAGGCGCGUGCCCUGCUUAGUUUUGAGAAAAUCUCGUACUCGUAGUCGUACUCGUCCUCGAAUCUAAAGCUCUCUAAUUAUUGACUACAGAGAUAACGACAGCGGCGUUACCAACAACACACUUCACAGUCAGUUUUCGAGAAAUUUUACAACCUAAUUUAACAAUCCAACAUUACUUUGCUAUGCUUAAAAACACUUUUUAUUGUUUCUGUUGUGCGUUAGGGAAAAUGGGCUGGAAAAUAUCAUUACUUUGGUAAAAGGAAAAGCGGAAGCAGUAACAUUACCGGUUGAGAAGGUACGUAACUUUUUUGAUUUGAAGAGAAUACAAAGAGAGGCUUCGCUGUAUCUUUUCAGUCUAGAUUUGAAUGCUGAAGAACUGUGACUGAGCUCAGGAAAGAAAAAUAAAGCCGUUUUCUUGUGUUCACGCCUUUUCGUAAAACGUAAAAUUUGGAAAGUUUUCAUGUCCUAGUCGUGCGGGCCCGAGCAUUUAGUAGGAAUAAACUCGUUUUGUGGUCGAGGGUUAAACGGGCGUGCAUGGUACAAGCCACUGAUGUUGGGAGCUCGUCAAUUAUGUGUUCAUAUGUUCCCGUGCGAGGAUCAUUCUUCAUUUGAUUUUACUUCUGCAGUUCUUUAUUUCAUAUACAUUUAUCACAUUCAUCUCUUUCACGGGAACAUAUAAAUAUAUAAUUGACCAGCUCCCAUGCAAUACCAGUGGCUUCAUAGCUCAGUUGGUUAGAGCAUCGCGCCGGUAUCGCGAGGUCACGGGUUCAAACCCCGUUGAAUUCCUGAAUUUUUUUUCAGGCUUCUUACGCAAUUUCAUAAAUUGCGUUCACUACUGCGAGGAUCAUUCUUCAUUUGAUUUAAUUCAUUUUUGUUCUGUCAUGUUUAGGUAGAUGUUAUCAUAUCAGAGUGGAUGGUAAGUUCAAACUACAGUGUAGGCUUUUAUUACUUUUCUGUCUACCUGUAACUGUAUUUCUGCUGAGUGCUUUUAUUGUUUUUAAAUAAUAAAACAAUAAUAAUACAACUCUUAAGAGAGCCUUCCGAAAAAAAGCGUCGGAUUAAUUGCUUUUAAAACACGCCAAACAUUCAUAAGUUGGAAGUAAAAGUGUUUUAAAUCAUUCUAGGGCUACUUUCUCCUUUUUGAGUCUAUGUUGGACACAGUGUUGCUGGCAAGGGACAAGUGGCUGAGGCCAACAGGCUGUGGUAAGAUUUACGUCGAUUUUCUUAAUGACAAGUUUCAGGGUCUGCAUGGAAGGGGAGGAAGUCUUGAUCCCGCAUUCCCGCUCUUAUUUUCCACGGGGAUACCGCAUCCCUCAUCUCGACUGCAAAAGUUUGUAAAUUUAAGAUUUAGAUUGACCCUUUCGAUCGAUAUUUUGAAUUUACGCCUGUUUUAAGACUACUGCGAAUAGGAAAUAGCUUUUCAUCCCUCUGUCAGUCUGAUGAAAGACCUCGAUCAAUCUCCUCCCCAGAGCCUGCCUUACCGACUCUACCGCGAGCAUGUUUUUAUCGGCUAUUCAGAGAUGGUUUUUUGUCGAGUUAUCCUAAAGCGGGUGGGUGAUCCUUGGUGAGGACCAAAACGAUCACGGCUUCUGGGAACAAGAUUCUAUCUUGGGGUCAUUCUGUUCGUCUGCGCACUUUAAUUCCUUGAUAGGAAGUUUACUUAGCUUACAGGAACGGCCUUGAAGAUUCAGUUAGUUUGUCCUUCAUCAGCUGAAACACCCUCUUCCACUGCGGCUUUUGAUAGGAAAAUUUCAGUAAUGUCCAAUAUUUAAAGGCAAAUGAUGUUCCCUUAGUAGUUUUGGCUUAAUGUUUUAAAAUUAAAUGUGGAUAUCUUUCUUUAUAGUUUAUCCAGAUCGAUGUACAAUUUGCGUCGUUGCGCUGGGAAAUAGCGAAAAGGUUCAACAGAGACUCAGCUUUUGGGAUGACGUGUACGGU